AUGGACAACAGGAAGAGAUUCUACUGUCUCUGUCGCAUGGCUAUCACACAGGAGCAACGAUACCUUCUACUCAUCCAAACAUCCUGGGAGUUCAAGGCGCCGAGCACGACUCGGAUCCUAGCGUCCUUCAAGACCGCCGUCAACUUCCAAAACAAGUUGAACAGCAGACCUGAUUUGGUCUCGUUGGCUGAACAACAACCCGAGCGAGCAGACCAAGACGAUGUGGUUUGGCUGCCCCUCGCUGAGGGCUCGAUCCUUCUCAAGGCGAUUCUGCGGCCGAUCAUCCUGCGCUUCCGGUUCCAUUUCGACAGCUCUCGGCUGACGAACCGGCUAGACAAGCCUGAAUGGUACUUCAAUCACGUCCUUGACCGGCUGGCCGAGCACGAAAAAUUCAUCAAGUCUGAUAUCCAGAAACUAUUCGAAAUGAGUGGCCAAGGCUCGACGAAAGUAUUUCUGAAAGUAUGGCGGGAUGGAUUCCAGCACGGCUUUACGGUCCAGUUGAUCAAGCGGCGCAUCCCGGGUAUACUAGGGAUGAAACCAAUUCUGGCGCAUACGAUCGAAAAGGCGAUCGGAUUCGAUCAGACGAUCAAGCAGAUGGGCUAUCUGUCGAGCGAGCCAUCCACGACUGGGUACAGUGCUCAGUGGCUGGGCACAGCCGAUGCAAUUCUGUCCAAUCCGCAUUGGUUCAGCGUUUGGUUCGAGGCCGAGAAACGCUUUGUGGAUGACAUGUGCCUGGAGAUUAUCAGCUCGAACGAUACGUGGGAGAUCAACGAGGAAGACCAACGGCCGAUGAGCAUGGGCCUUCCGGGGACGAAUUCGUCGCUGGGGAUGCAAGACCUGGUGGAGCAGAUCAAGAGCAAAUACGAACUCUUACCGCGACUGAGCUACCAGACGGCGUUUCUGGUGAAGAUCCAGAUGGUCGUCCUGGAGGCGUAUUCGCAGCGGAUCGGAGGCGUGUUGGACGGCUUCGAGCGCAGCCGACUGAUCAGCGUCGUCGGGGGUGACUCGGGGCGGGCCAAGAUGAAUGUGGGGAUGAAGGGCCUCGAACGGCUGGUCAAGGUGUACAUCAGCUGCAACUGGCUCUUGGCCUGCUUCCGGACCUGGAACGACGACCUGUUCUAUGCCGAGCUCUACGACAAACUCGGCCGCGAGGAAAGCCCAAGCCCGGAGCUCGACAAGCUCCUGAGGUCCGUCGAGGCCGCAGCAGGCUUGGAUCGCACCCUGUUCAGUCCGGCGGUGGCCCAGUUCGAGGAGCUCGCUAAACGUGCCGAGGCGGCGAUCGUGCGCCAAGUGGUGCAAGAAAUCUCCGCAGAGCUUAAGCCGUAUUUCGCCAAACGAUGGGAUCUGGAGUCAGCCCCGGAGACUGAGGGAAGUGGAGGAGGAGCAGCAGAGGUGGACGAGCUCUCCCCGGAGAUCGUCCCGGCGAUCGGGCUGUGGAAGGCGCGGAUGAACUAUCUGCGGGGGACGGUGGGGCCGCGGGUGAAGCUGGACCGGCUGGUGAAGCCGAUCGCACAGGAGAUCGAGGCCAAGUUGCUGCUCAAGAUGGUCUUUGAGCCCUUCUCGAUCCGCGCGAUCAGCCAUCGGGGCGGGCUCCAGAUCCAGUUCGACCUCCUCUUUGGCUGGCUCAACACCACCACCGCUUCUCUCUCUGCCGACCGGUCUACACAGCCCCUGAGACUGGAGCGACACUUCUCCAAGGUGCUCGAUGCUUGUAAACUCCUCACCUGUCCUUCCGCCUCCUCCCCCUCUUCUGUGUCUGCGCCGCUCAUGUUCGAGGAGCUCGUCCGCAUCUGCUUCGAUGAGGCCUCCCCCGAGCGGGAAUGCAAGCGCGUGUUGAAGGAGCGGGUGCAGGUGUCGUGCCUCUCGCGAUCUGAAUGCCAGUUGGUGCUCAAGAGACGCCCGGAGUGUUGGAAGACUUGA